AUGGCAGCGAGGAUCGCCCAGGAGCUGCAGGAAGCACGGACCUGGAGCGGAGCCUGCGACCUGCGGCCGCUGGACGGGAACCUGCUGCGGUGGGAGGGGCUGCUGCUGCCGAAUAUCCCCCCAUACAGCGCAGGUGCCUUCCGCUUCGAGCUGACCUUCUCCCCUCACCACCCCCUGUCCCCACCCUGUGCCACCCUCCGCACCAGCAUCUAUCACCCCGGCGUGGACACCACCGGCCGGGUCUGCCAGCCCCUCACCUCUGCACAGCACUGGGUACCCACCACCCGUGCCAUCCAAGUGCUACAGGACCUGCUGCUGAUGCUGGACAGCCCAGGCACGGAGCGGGUGCUGCGGCAGGAGCUGUCCCGUGAGCUGCGCCAGCAGCCGGAGGUGUUCUGGCACCGGGCGGAGGAACACACUCGGUGCCACGCGGAGCCGCGCCCUGACCGCCCUGCGCCAUGA